UUUACUUGACAGUUUGCGCAUGCGUUAAAAACGGCGCGUUUUCUAAGUGUAAUUUAUGUUAAAUGUCAUUUGUAUUGAAAAAUACGUGAUAGUUCACUGUUAAGAAAGAGAAAGAAAUGUACAGACAAAAAUCAAAACAAACUGAAGUCAAGAAAUGCUUUGAAGAUGAGAGGCUUGUUCACAGAGGGAUGACUGAAACCAUUUUAGCAAGAAGACAAAAGGAUGUGGACUAUGGCAGGAAUACCGAUGGCUAUAGAAACUACAUUGCCUUGGUGCCAAAAGAAAAACGAUUGGAGUGGCAGCCCAAAACACCGGAUAAAUUUCAAACAUGCAGUCGGCGUGCUUGGGAUUGGGAAGUGAGGAAAUGGCGCCACAUACUUCAUAAUUGGGAUAGGACAGACACUAACAUAGAACCAUCAAGUAAAAGAAAGUGUCUUUUCUCUAAUUCCUCAGAAAUCCCUCCAGCCAUCAAUACAACUGCAGACAAUUGUUCUAAUGAGCAAGUCAGCAGUCUCAAGACUAGGGAGUCUGAACAAGAAACAAAAGAUAAGACACCUGAUCUUGCCAUGAAGGAUCCACUGGGUGGAUAUAAAACAUGGGAAGAAAUGUUUUUGGAAUAUGAGGAUCUGGAAGAGCCUAAAGAAAAUGAGCAUACCAUCUGUGAAGAAGAUAAUAAAGUGACAUGACAAUAUAGACAAUGAGCAUACCAUCUGUGAAGAUAAGGUGACAAGAUAAUCUAGUAGGCUUGUGGCCUAACUAGGGACUCCUGUGUGACAUGAAAAAUGAUUGAUGUAUAGUGUUCUAACUUAUGUGGCAUAACUAUACAUCUACGCUAAUCUAUGUAUACUUGUUACUUUAUGAUGCGAGAUUCAUUUUUUUUUCCUUUCACAAACCCUAAAAUUGCUUAUAUUUUUGUAGGAGUCAUCCAGGACAUUUUACCCUUGCCAGUUAGCUAUAAUCACAAAGGAAAAUCUUGAGUAUUGGGGGUCUUUCGGUCUUGGUAUAUUAAAUGUCCUCCAUGUGAUCUCUCUGGUUUUCUACCUAUACCACUCAUUUUGACCAGAGUAGAUUGUCAAUAGAGGAGGAAGAUAUUAAAGUUAAGUCAAUCAGCUGUUGUGAAAGUAACAGCCAAUCGAUAGAUUCUCUUUAUUUAUGCUCAAAAGGAAUAUGCAGAAAAUUAUGGCAGGUACUUCCAGCAGUUCUUGAUGUCAGCACAAACAGCAUACAAUUCCUCUGCAGCCUGAUGAAGUUUACAGUCUGUCCUGAGUACUUCGUUUAGAGACAGCGGUUUCCAAAUUGUGGUAAGCGCCAACGUGAGCCCGGAUACAAGCAAUCAAUGAUAAAUAUAUUCUUCAUAGCAUCACACAUAGAGGAGAGUGGGCCCACCAUAGAAUUAAUAGAACUGAUCAAAGAGAAAUAUAAUUGUGGAUUCUUUUUUCCUUUUUUCUGGAACAAGACUGAAAAACAAAUAUUUCCUCCAGCUAUCUGUAUUAAGCACCCGCUCAUGUUGUGUAGCAGGAGCACUACUUUUUGAUAGCGUGUAUAAAGGCUUCUGCCUCAGCUGGAUCAGCAUCUUUGACUGGACGGCAGUUCUCAUAUAUAAGCACACAAUAAAUGACACACCUGCAUAAUGCGUGCAUUCCAGAGACGGCUGGCUGUCGUCACAGACUCCAUACCAAUCCCUUAUCUCUUUUAAAACUUGCAAGUUUGAUGUGUUAGAAAAGGUUGCUGGUAAGGUAGGAUGUCGUCUACUGUUUGUAUUAGAAUUAGUUGUUAUUCUGUAAAUAUUGUAAUUAAACUUUAAUUUGCAUACCA